GUUUUAAGUCCUUGCUUUAGAAAGCACAACGCAGAACACCAACAACAUUUUAACAAACUGACUUUUCAGGUUUGCUUACAUGCUAUAAGAUGACAUUGACUAAACCCAGCCUGUGCUUCACACUGACUCUGACUCUUCACACCAUGUUUGUGACAGCAGAAGCUCUUGAUGCCGAGGCUCUGAGAGUGCUGUCAGUGGGGGUCAGAGGUCAGUCCAGCGUUAGCAUUGCUGAUCUUCUGUCUGGAAAUAAAGAGCAGAAACAGAAGGACGGAGAGAUCGUGAAGACUCCAGUAAUGACAGACGAGGGUCGCAGAAUGACACUAGUCACUGGACCAAACCUCUGUGAGGAGGACACAGCGAGACAGAACUUCACCACAGCGCUGUUCCUCUCGUCUCCUGGACCUCACGCUGUUUUAAUGCUCCUCCAUCUGGAAGAUCCACAAGCAGAGCCGCCGUGUGAUCUGCUCCAACAAGCCCAGGAGCUGCUGGGAGAAGAAGUCCUGCAGUACUGCAUUGUUCUUCUGCAGCCAAACCAGCAGGAACGCUUGACAGGAGCGUCCAAAGGGAUCGCUGGAGACAUGAUCAAUGCAUGUGGAGGAAGAUUUCACAUCAUACCAGACGCUCAGACCAAACCUGCAGCUCUCCUGGAGGAAAUAGACAAGCUGGUUCAGCUUAAUGAUCACAGAUUUCUCUCAGUAUUGACAAUUGAUCUUUUGUCUGUGAUGUACAAUGUUUUAGGAGGAGCAGUUGGGAUUGGAGGAUUGUUUUUCUGCAUUUCUCUCACCGCUUUUGUUGUUCACACUGAAGCUGAGAUCCCAACGUUAAAAGUGUGUGGAUUUGUAUGGUUUAUGCUCUGUCUAAGAUAUUUUCUGCGUCCAGAUGUAGCUAUAGUGCUGAAUUUGGCUUUGUUAGCAUCACUAGUAAUUGUAUUUGCAAACGAACACAAUUUAGAUGAAAAUGUAAAACUUGAAAGCAGCGAUAAACUAAAGUUCAGAAAAAUCCUAAGAAAUUUGAUAGUCUGUAUUACAAACCAACAAAUCUGUCUUUACGAUGAACUGAUCCCUUUCACAUUACUGAUGACUUUAGCUAUUGUUUUUGGGUCGAUUAUCAGCAUCAGGACGUGGUCAGAUGUGAUUUUCGCAUGUUAUGCAGCUCCUGGGGUCACAAUAGGAGCUUUCGCAUUUAAAUUUCAGCCUAAUGAAAUUGACAGCCAAUUGUCAAUCUAUGUCUAUGCGCUCGGUUCAUUUCUGUGUUGUUCAUUCGGUGCGACACUUUCAGUGGGGUUUUUGAAUGUGUUGUUUGCUCUGCUUGGAGUGAAGCUGACAAUAAUUCUAGUAUUAUCACUUUUAAUAGUAGCGUAUUUCCGUUUAAAUAAGCAAGCGUUGACUUUGACAUGCCUAAUUGUUAUCAUGUUGGUUUUCCCAUGUGUUUGUGUACUCAUUGGUUCAGUCUUUCUCAUUUCAUGAGAUAUUAUGUGGAAAAAGUUUGGACACCCUACUGAGUGAUGGGUCAAUCUUGAAUGAUUCGUUCAUUUUGAACAAACUCAAUGAAAUCACCCAAAGGUCAGAGUGGAUAAAGUGAUCUGAACUUCCCACCACUAACCCCUAAUAAACACCAAUUUAUCCACAACAGGACAUUAAAGAUGAUCUGAUCUCUGGCAGGUCAUAAAAAUACAGGAAAAUACAGAAUCUACAGGAUCUGAAUCAUAGGCUCUCCUCUUUAUUUUCCUUAUGUCAAUAAUGAAAUGACAUCUGAGGUUUGUCUCCUAAAUUUUAAGACCUGCCAACAAUAAUAUUGUAUUAUUAUUAUUAUGAACUAAUACCUGAAACUCAAUAGGGUGUCUUAACUGACUGCACAUGUACACGUGACUGUAAAUGUGUGUAGAAAGAUACAGUGGAACAUAGUAAAUAAUAAUGGAGCCGUGAUUUACAGUGUUUAUGCCCCCAAGUGAUAAAUGUAAUUGUACUUUGAAUGUUUUUGUCUACUGUUGUAUUGAUUCCUAAU